GCAUGCCCAGUUCUGUAGUUUGUUGGUGUUGUUUGUUGCCUGGUGCCGCCGCUACACUUCAUUCAAACUAGCGCCUAAAAACAGCUACAAAUUCUCGUCAAACCAAGUCAAGAGAAAAGAAGAUGAGUGCAACAACCGAGGACAGCGUUCCCAAGCUCGAGCUAGACUGCACCAUUGGGUUUGCAGGUGAUGUACCAGGUGGUUUGAUUGUCCAUCCUGACAGACAACAUGUAGUCUACCCCCUGGGCUGUACCGUCAUCAUUCAGAACAUCGUCACCAGCGAGCAGCACUUCCUGAGCGGUCACACCAACGAUGUCCGGUGCCUGGCUGUGUCCAAGAGUGGCCGGUACCUGGCCUCCGGACAGGUCACUCACAUGGGCUUCAAGGCGGACGUCAUCAUCUGGGACUUUGCCUCCUGCAGCAUGUACUGCAGACUGACAUUGCACAAGGUCAAGGUGGAGGCUCUGGCCUUCUCUCCGAAUGACAAGUACCUGGUGACGCUGGGCGGACAGGACGACAGCAGUGUUGUGGUGUGGAACAUUGCCAAGAAGGAGGCCAUCUGUGGCAGCCCUGCUGCAGUGUCCAGUGCAGGGAUCACCUACUGUGUCAAGUUUGCCAACAACGACGACAACCUGUUCUUCACUGGUGGAGAUGGCACUCUUCGUGUCUGGGAGUUGGAUGUGGCCAACAGAAAGAUCCGACCGACUGAUGUCAACAUGGGACAAAUUAAGAGGAUUGUCAAGUGUAUUGAGGUGAAAGAUGAUGACAAUUACUUCUACUGCGGUACAACCAGCGGCGACAUCCUGGCCAUCAACACAAAAACGAAGCUCUUCCAACACUACGGCCCUGAGAAGGACAAGUUCAGCCUGGGGGUGACGGCAAUGGCACUCCUAAAGACUGGUAACAUCCUGGUGGGAGGGGGAGAUGGCACUGUUGCUGUGGUGACACAGGCAGUCAACAAGAAGGACAAGAAGGCUACAUUCAAGAAACUGGCAAACCAGACUGCUAAGGUAGAAGGAGGCAUCAAAUCCGUGGCCCUUCGGGGAGAGGGACACCAGUUCUUUGUCGGAUCAGAGAAGUCCCAGAUCUACCGGUUCAACUUUGCUGAGUUCACCUCCGAGCUGAUCCGCUCCUGCCACUUUGCAGCAGUCCAAGAUAUCGUCUUCCCGCGUGAGUGUUCGGAGCUGUUUGCUACUUGCUCCAAGGACGACAUCCGUGUGUGGCACGCUGACAAGGGGAAGGAACUGCUGCGCAUCAGUGUGAAGGAACUGUGUCAUGCCAUAGACUUCAUGCCGGACGGCAAGUCUAUCGUCAGUGCAUGGCAAGAUGGGAAGAUCCGAGCAUUCUACCCAGAGACUGGCAAGGAGAUGUACGUGAUCAAUGACGCUCAUCCCAAGGGAGUCACGGCUAUUGCUUGCACCAAUGGCGGGAGGCGAAUCAUCAGCGGUGGCGGAGAAGGACAGGUGCGUGUGUGGGACAUCACACCAAAGUACCAGAAGCUGGUGGAAGCCAUGAAGGAGCACAAAGCAUCUGUCACCUGCAUCAAGGUGCGCAAAAAUGACAUGGAGUGUGUGACGGCUAGCAGUGAUGGCACCUGUAUCAUCUGGGACCUGCAGCGGUUUGUGCGGAACCAGGUCCUGUUUUCCAACACGCUGUUCCGCUGUGUGAACUACCACCCUGACGAGUUCCAGGUCAUCACCUCUGGCACUGACAGGAAGAUUGGCUACUGGGAAGUGUACGAUGGAAAUCAGAUCAGAGAACUGGAUGGGUCCAAGUCUGGGGCCAUCAACGGGAUGGACAUCUCUCCUCAUGGUGACUUCUUUGUGACAGGUGGAGACGACAAGCUCAUCAAGGUGUGGAAGUAUGACGAAGGAGAGGUCACCCACGUCGGUAUCGGUCACAGCGGAGACAUCUCCAAACUGAGGAUCUCUCCGGACCAGAGGCACAUCGUCAGCGUCAGCACAGAUGGGGCCAUCCUGAGGUGGCGGUACCCUCAUUGAAUUCAACCCAGCAUAGUGAAGAACAAAGACUGAUUGAAUAGAUAUCUAAGUUCCAUGACUACCAGCUAAAUGGCAGCCCUGUAUGCUUUAAAUGUCAUCAAUGGUUGCAUAAGUCCUUUAGAGGAACAGUUCCUGCAGUUCUUGUCACAAAAGUGCCUUGUUUCGGGGUGUACUUUCAAUCAGUCUUUGUUCUUGACUGAUAGGAUGUAAAGAUUAUGCAGUAUUCACCAAUUUUACACAUUUUACAGCUAUGUCACUUGUGUAGUAAAUACAUAGAUGGACACAUUCUCACUUUGUAUCUAAGUGUUAAAGAGUUCUAGAUGGCAAUUGGUCUCAUGAUUGAGAUCUUGAAAACUGUUCUGUAGUGGCCUGACUUUCACUUUUGACCAAAGACAAUAAUGUACAUAUGAGUUACUCUGUAAGCAUUAACGUUAUGGAAAAUAUUUGACGUGUGUGUUGGAGGCGCAGGCCAGAAUGCACGCCUGUCCAAAAUGUAUAUGGGUAUGUUUUGACCAGGCGUAUUGUCUGGCUUGCUACACCUGUACUGUUAGUUGCACAUUUAUAGGGGUGUUUAAGUGAAUGUGUAAUAUUCUAGGGGAUUUGCUGGUUGUUAAUGCAAAGAGAUGGACAGAAAUAGGAAAACAAGACUAAAGUUAUCAUCCUAUUACUUUAUUUGCUCAGUGAUCAAAAUUAUUAUAUUUCAGGGUUAAAGUGUUGAAUUCUAUCUAUUAGUAAACUGAAUGUUUCAAUCUGCACUCCAUGUACAAUUCCUUGUUUGCAUAUACUGUGUAUUAUAAGAAUUCUAUAAGAGUAGGGCAGUCAUUCAUGAUUUGUUGAUGAUAUGUGCUCAGAUUUUCUGCAACAAGUUAGACCUUGAAAAUUCAACUUCUUCACUCUUUUUUUUGGCAAACCCUGCCAACAACAUUUGUUAGACAAUGUUGUAUGUAUGAUCUUGAGCGUAGUUGUUAAUUACAUUGUAGAUACUACAAUGGUGAUUGUGUAACAGUGGAUGUGAGGCUUAAAUGGUUGAAACAAGGUUUUCUGAGUCAUUCUUCAAUAAUCAAAAUAAAUGUUGACUGUCAUUAAAAUGUUUAAAA